AUGCGCGGAUCAAGGGUCCUUCUCCAGACGGCGGCUGGCUCUCGAGAUCCCUUACGCCGCAUUCCUCUGGGACUCAGUCUGUCGUCGCGAUGCUUCUCUACCGACAGCCGGACGCCGUUGAUAAACGCCGGAGCCUUCGUCAAACAGAAUCAUGCGGUUUCUCAGCCAGUGCUCGGUGGAAGCAGACUCCAAAAUUGUGGCAUUUUCACCUCUACAACCCGUCCAAAUAUCCUCGGUAACCUCCCACGAACCGGCGCUCUUUCUCAAUUUUCGAAUCCUAUAUUUCAGCAGCUCCGUUUUGCGACCGGGAAGAGCUCGCCCGACACGAACGAACCCGCGAAGCCUCAGGAUGGUGCGAUACCGGCCGUGAAAGAGGUCGUUGAGGAAGAAAUAAGUCAAGCGUUUGAACGGUCAGAGAAGGCGUCUCAAGCUGCUCAGAUAAACCUGAGUGCGAGAUUGGCAAAGGAUGGCCUGGCCCAUGGGAAGAAGUCUGGCGCCCGAGAGAUAUGGAGAUUGGUCAAAAUCGCGCGUCCAGAGGCCAAAGUGUUGUCCGUUGCAUUUGUGCUUCUACUCGUCUCCUCAGCAGUAUCCAUGUCUAUUCCCUUCUCCAUUGGAAAAAUCCUCGACUUUGCCACCAGUUCGAACCCCGAUGCUCUGAACGAUUUCCUCGGGAUCAGUCUUCCCGUAUUUUACACGGCGCUCGGUGGAAUUAUUUUAGUAGGAGCUGCGGCAAACUACUCAAGGAUUAUCAUACUGCGAAUUGUUGGCGAACGGAUUGUUGCUAGACUACGAUCGAAGCUCUUCAGAAACACCUUUGUUCAAGAUGCUGAAUUUUUCGAUGCAAACCGUGUUGGUGACCUGAUCUCCCGGCUUAGUUCCGAUACCAUCAUUGUGGGAAAGAGUAUUACACAGAAUCUUUCAGAUGGAUUACGAGCAGCCGUCAGCGGUGCAGCCGGGUUUGGCAUGAUGGCAUACGUCAGCUUGAAACUGUCGAGUGUUUUGGCGAUAUUAUUCCCGCCGAUUGCUAUUGCGGCUUUCUUCUAUGGGCGUGCAAUCCGGAACCUUAGCCGAAAGAUACAAAAGAAUGUCGGCACAUUGACCAAAAUUGCGGAAGAACGACUUGGUAACGUGAAAACGAGUCAGUCUUUUGCUGGAGAGAUCUUGGAGGUCCACCGAUAUAAUCGACAGGUCAAGCGGAUUUUCGAACUUGGGAAGAAAGAGUCAUUUAUCAGCGCGACAUUCUUCAGCGGUACAAGCCUGAUGGGUAAUAUGACGAUCCUGGCUCUCCUUUAUGUUGGCGGCGGAAUGGUUCAAUCAUCGGCUAUUUCGAUCGGAGAACUCACUUCGUUUUUGAUGUAUACCGCCUACGCUGGAUCCAGUCUUUUUGGACUCUCAAGUUUCUACUCCGAGCUCAUGAAGGGUGCGGGUGCGGCUAGUCGUCUGUUCGAGCUCCAAGACCGCAGACCUAAAAUUUCCCCUACUGUGGGUGAUAAGGUCGUGUCCGCUCGCGGCCCAAUUAGGUUCAAAAAUGUUGAAUUCAGCUACCCUACUCGACCUGCCGUUACAAUUUUUAAGGACCUGGACUUCGAAAUUCCCCAGGGCAGUAACGUGGCAAUUGUCGGACCCUCGGGAGGCGGGAAGUCUACCAUUGCGUCUUUGUUGCUUCGAUUCUACAGCCCAACCCAGGGCCAGGUUUUCAUUAACGGAAAAGACGUUUCAACCAUGAAUGCAAAGUCUCUCCGUAGGAAGAUUGGAAUUGUUGCACAAGAGCCAGUAUUAUUCUCUGGCUCUAUUGCGGAAAACAUUAGUUACGGGAGACCUGAUGCCACAAGAUCUGAGAUUAUUGCUGCAGCACGCAAGGCGAACUGCCAAUUUAUCGGUGACUUCCCCGAUGGGUUGGACACUUCCGUAGGCCCCAAGGGAGCACAGUUAUCCGGUGGCCAAAAGCAGAGAAUCGCUAUUGCUCGUGCUCUUAUUAAGAACCCGGAUAUUCUCAUUCUUGACGAAGCCACGUCUGCGCUUGAUGCUGAGUCCGAAACCCUCGUCAACAGUGCUCUCGCUGCCCUACUUCGCGAAAACAAUACUACCAUCAGCAUCGCUCAUCGCUUAUCAACAAUUAAACGGUCCGAUACUAUCAUUGUGCUAGACUCGGAGGGCCGAGUUGCAGAAAUGGGAUCUUACAAUGACCUCAAUUCAAGGCCAGAUGGCGCUUUCACGAAGCUGAUGGCAUGGCAGCUCAGUGGUGGCGAAGGCGUUGCGGUCCCUGUCAAUGGCAAACUAACAAUCCGAGGGCCACCGUCGGAAACAGAACACCUGCAACAGUUGCUACACGAGGGUGAAGACGAAGAAUACGAUGAAGUCGAUGAAGUCGAAACUGAGGAUGAGCCUUCAUCCACUAGCGCUGCUGCUGGUGCGGCCGUUAAAGUUGAAACAAACAUCAAGAAAUAG